GUGACGAACCUUUGAAGUAAAGAGUGAAAACUCCCGGUUUUCGUACUGCGCAACAUAAACAAUCCAUUUUGUUUUAAUGUCGAAUUUCACAACUAUCCGUACGCUAGCUGCAUUCGGACGGAACGCACUCGGUCGGUCUCAGUAUUGUGUAGUGUUUCCAAAUCAAUACGGUGUCAAUCGGUUCUACGGUCAGUCUACGGCAACCCACUCAGUCGACGGCACGAUGGAAGACUACAAGAACGCAAAGUCGGUGUAUGACUUCACCGUAAAGGAUUCGCAGGGUGCUGAUGUUAGCCUGGAGAAGUACCGCGGCAAGGUGCUGCUAAUCGUCAACAUUGCCUCGCAGUGUGGCCUAACGAAAGGCAAUUAUGCCGAGCUGACAGAGCUAUCGCAAAAGUACGCGGACAAGGAUUUCAAAAUUCUAUCCUUUCCGUGCAAUCAGUUCGGUGGCCAAAUGCCGGAAGGUGACGGUGAGGAAAUGGUGUGCCAUUUGCGUUCGGCCAAGGCAGAAGUUGGAGACGUUUUCGCUAAGAUUAAGGUAAACGGUGACGAUGCGGAUCCGUUGUACAAAUACCUAAAGCACAAGCAGGGUGGCAUUUUGGGUGAUUCCAUCAAAUGGAACUUCUCCAAGUUCCUCAUAAACAAGGACGGGCAGCCGGUGGAUCGCUAUGCGCCGACCACAUCACCCAAGAGCAUCGUUAAGGAUAUCGAUAAGCUGUUGGAAGCAUAG